AUGAAUAUCAGAUUGGAAGAGAUGUCUGGCAAAUCUACCACUAUCAAUGUCAACAAAAGCCAACUAGUUGGAGAUAUAAUUGAAGAAAAUAAUCUUAGCUUCAAUGAUUCUUUUAAGAUCUUAUUGAUUCACAAGGGAAAGAUUCUUAACAACGAAAUCACUUUGGGAUAUUAUGAAAUAAACGAAGGUGAUAAGAUUAUCGUCUUCCGAAAGAAGAUUGUUUCACAUAAUACAGUUUUGGAAGAAUCAGAAAGCAAAAUUACAGAUGAUAGCAAACAAAACCCUAAGAAAUUUGCUGCUAAGAUGCGUAAAAUGGAGAUAAUGGAGCGCAUUAAGGCAGAAGACAGAUUUUUCCAGAAUUGGGAAUCUUCGAGAAUGUUACCAAAGAUUCUCAAUGAGUCUAUGAAGAUUAUUAAACAAAGAGAGCAAGCUGAAGAAACUGCUUCUCAAACUAUAAUUCCAGAAAAACCAUUUUUAUCCACAAACAGAUUACCUUUAUUUGACGAUUAUCCACUUCCAAAUACUCAACUAAGGCAUAGAUCAAAAGAAAUACCUGUAAGAAUUGAAUAA